AUGGUUCGACAAAAGGUGAAAACAAAGGAAAUGUUCGGAUCUCGAAAGCGUGGGCGCAAAAUGCGCGGGCGAGCUGGCGGAAGGCCGAAAAAACACGCCUUGUCGAUCGCCAAAGGUGCUUCCGGGUUAAACUCGGACUUGGUGAAUAGAACCGAAAGCGAUUACAAUUCUACCUCAGAAAAUGGAAUGUCGUUAGCCAAAACGGCAAGUCAGUCAAAAUUUGAUAUAUUUCAUGGGAUCUUGGAAAGUGGGCCCAACUCGGACAGAGAAAAUUCGCCGACUGAAGUUGCCAAAAAAGUUGAAAUAAACAAAUUGAAUGGCUACAGACUGGUAAAUACUGACUUCUUAGCACAGAUUGUUAACAGUGUGUGUUGCAAGGUUUGUGGAUCCGCAAAUAUAAAAUUAUUUCAAAUAAAUGACUCAACAAACUGCAAAUUUGGCGGUGGUCAGGGUUUGAAUUUUAAGUUUGAAAUAUUUUGCAGAGACUGUGAAGAUGUUAUUUUUCAUGGCUACACAUCUGAAAAGGGGAUGGAAUCUGGCAAUGAGAUGUCUAAUUUUGUGAACAAACGUUUUGUAGCAGCGUGCAAAAAUACUGGCAUAGGAUAUAACAAGAUUUGUGAAUUUUUUGCUGACAUGAAUUUGCCUCAGCCUAUGCAUAUCAAGACCUGGCAAAAGAUUGACAGGUUAAUUCAUGAUGUUUCAAUUGAAGCAGCAAAGGAAAACAUGCAUGCAGCUGCCGAGGCACUAGAACGUGAUUCAGAUGAGGCAGUAAAUGGACUGGUUCCACGUGUAGUCAGCUAUGAUGGCUCGUGGCAGAAACGUGGACAUAGCUCCCAUUAUGGGUUAGGCUGUGUCAUAGAUGUGGAUUCAGGUGUCGUGCUGGACACUCACGUAUGUUCUAAUUACUGUCAUGGCUGUGCCACUGUUGGAAAAACUAAGAAAGGUGUAGAUUUAGUGAAGUGGAAACAAACACACUCCUGUCAGAAAAAUUUCCAUGGAUCAGCAAAUGCUGCUGAUAUUAUUUUUAAGCGAUCUACAGACAAAGGACUCAUGUACAACCAGGUCCUUACAGACGGAGAUUCCAAAGCAUAUGAUCAUGUGCGUAAUCUUAAGUUGUAUGGUGACAACGACAUUCAGAAAGAAGAAUGUGUAAAUCACGUUGCCAAGCGCAUGUAUACUGCUCUUGACAAAUUGAAACAACGAAGGCGAGAGGGGAAAGUUUAA